AUGGCUGUGCAUGAGAUAGGUAAUCAGCUGGUUGCUGAAAUUGACAAAAAGAAACAAGAAAGAGAGCCAAUAAAUAAUGACUUUUUAGCCUUGGUUGCUGACACUAAAGGGGAACUUAAUGAAAUGAUUGAGAAAAACAACAGCAUUCUCUGCUCUAAUGAUGCCACUGCACUUUUGGGAUAUGAGACAAAGAAUCAAAACUUCCGUUCGGUUCCAAAACAAGAAGGUACCUGUCCAACGUUUCAACCUGGAUUUGUUGAAAAGGAUGCACUUCUGACCAUGUUUUGUUUCAUGCACAUCUCUGUUCACAAUAUUCAAAGUCCGUAUGCCAGUUACGAAGUCUUCCCCAAGCUUGACAAUUUGCAUUGCAUAGGAUCAGAGAUAUGGCUUAGCGGAAGUAAUCGUCUAAUCCAACGAAUCAACAGAGCUGGAACUCUUCUACAAAAAAUAAGCACUGUGAAUCGGCCUUUAAUACUGGCAAGCAAUUUAAAAAAGGAACUUAUAUUUGCAUUUGUCUUGCCAAAUACAAAAGUGUAUAUAUUGAAAAACAAUAAAAUUCAAACACUAAUGGAUCUUGACUCUUGGUGUCCAGUUGGCGUUUGUUGCACCAUGAAUGGAGAUUUGUUUAUAAGCAUGCGUUCAAUUAGGAAGGGCCACAGCAGAGUCCUGAAGUAUGCAGGUACCAAAGAGACACUAAAUAUUCAAUACAACAACAAGGGGAAAGCUUUAUUUUCCAUAAAUGUUAGUUUUGCACUUCAUCUGGCUGAGAAUAGAAAUAGAGAUAUUUGUAUUGCUGAUUAUGGCGGGAGAAAUGUUGUUGUGCUGGAUGCCUUGGGAAGACUGCGAUUUAAUUACCGAGGUACUUUUUCUAACAAGGGAGAAAAAUCGGCAUUUAAACCAUCUCAUUUCGCUACUGAUGUCAAGUAUCAAAUGGUUGUAAGUGACAUUGCGAACAACAUAGUCCACCUUAUUGAUUGUAAUGGCGCCUUUCUCCGCUAUUUAGGAUAUCAUUGUACAGGUGGACUAAGCCUCGAUAUUGAUGGAAAUCUGGUUAUAGGAGAUCUGAUGUCCGGGAAAAUAAAAGUUAUCAGAUAUCUUGGUGAGGAAAGCUAA